AAGGUUGACACGAAGACAAAAUGUAGGUUCCCACAAUACACUAAGUUUAAUUUUUUUAAAAACACACAGUAAAGCACAGCGUUUUAAUGUCUGUUGUCAACUCUGAGUCCUGCUGGUGAAAGCGCCCCUCUGUGUGGAACGAGCUUACAGUGGGCUCCCACCAAGUGUGUCCCAACAGCUCGAGUGUGUCUCAGUAGCCAGAGAGCGAGCAGGAAGUGCAGCGCGGGCGCCCCUCCACUCGUCUCAUCAAUGCAGCUUUCAUUCUCCUUCUGCGGGGCGAGAUGGGAGCUGUACAAAAGGACUGCUGGUACCUCGUGGUACUCGUCUUUCUCUAUUUUCUUAAAGACCCUCUGUUUGUGCUCCACUGCUGUCCAGCAGAAAGAGACGGGUGUAGUCCGGCUGGAGGAGGGGAUGGUGCUGGACUGCUCGUGUCCCUGGACUGGCAACCUCAGCAUGGUGUCCUGGAUCAAAAUUCCCCAAAAGAACCCCAUGGCUGUGUUCCAUCCAGAGUAUGGAGUGGCUUUCUCCCACCAUUACCGAGAGAGAAUCGAGUUCCUGAGGACCACCCCCCUGGAUGGAAGCAUUUCCAUGAGGAACGUCACUCAUCAGGACAUCGGGCUGUACCAGUGUUCAGUCCAGACCUUCCCUCGGGGACCCUGGACCAAGAAGAUUCAGGUGGAGGAUUUAGACGAGCCCCCGCAGCAGGAUAACGCCACCAGGCCGCCCCCCCCGGAGGAGACGGUGGCCGACACGGAGCUGGUGGCGGAGCUGAGCAGCAACCUGACCAUCAGGUGUGCCCACCACCACAACGCCACCGUCUACCAGGUCAUCCUGGAGAGGAUGCUGCACGGCCAGCCCUGGAACAUCAUCGGAGUGUGCAAGAAGGUGGAGGGGGGCCUGGUGGGGGAGGACUACAGCGACCGGGGCCGGGUCGACUGCGCGGACAGCCUGGACGUCAGCCUGCAGCUGACCGACGUGGCGCAGGAAGACAGCGGCUUCUACCGCUGUACCUUCAACACGGAUGUGGGAGUGCAGACCACCACCGUGCAGCUCACUGUUGCCGCCGCAGGCGGAUUCAGCCUGUCUUUAUACAUGAUGUAUAUUUACAUCGGGGCUGGAGCUGCCGGACUCGCUCUGCUAAUUGCCAUCCUGAUAGUUGCAAUGAGGCAAAGAAAAAAGAAAAGGAGAGAGGAGUACCGAGUCAAGCUGCACCCGUCUCAGAGACAGCCAAACUUUUAUGAGAACAUCCCAAUGUGCCCCCGGAUUGGACAGAGGUCCCGGCAGGUAAAAAGCUGCCCGGUCUAUGCCAACCUGCAGACGCUGCGGUCCCUCCACACCCGCCGGGCUCCUGCCGACAGAAGGACACCCAGGCUAAAUGGAGGCAGUGGCAGAGGCAGUAGUGGAUAGUGGAACAGUGGAACGUGAGGGGACUUUAUAGUUUUUGGAUCAGGAGGCUUCUGCCUUCAUUCCCUCCGCUCGCUCUUCCCGAUGAGGCGAUAGAAGCUGCAACUGUACAUUUGACUGUGAUUUUUAUUUUAUUUUUUGAGCUUGUGUGUGAAAUACUGAAACUGAUGUGUAUGCUUGUAAAAGCCUUGUUAUGGCAGAAAUGAAAACCAGUGAAUUUCCCCUGGUGUGGCGGUGUGCGGACAGUUUCUCCCUCAAAAUUCCCCCCUUCAGCAACACAAACUCGGUGGCCCUUUUUUUUACUUGGAGAUCAAGUCAUAGUGGUCGUUACCCCCAAAAGAACAGAGGGGGAUUAUUCAUAAUAUGAUAAUAAUACAGCUGUUUGUUGGUGUUAGUCCUUAAUGUGAGCUAUACAGAAUGAGUGUAGGUCAGCCAAUCAGUGUCUGUUUGGGUCAUAUAUUUGUUUUUUUCAGUUUAUUACAUCAUUCCAAUAAAUGUCAUUAUCCUCCAUCUUGAAAAUAGCUAAAGAAUUCCCCCAAGGUGGCCAAAUUCAGCCAAAGUGUGAUAUCUCUGUGCCCAUUUAAGCUGCCUUUGGUCCUUUCAUUUUCUACUUAAAUACCUGAUGCUAGUAAGAAGAAAAGGUGUAAAAGCAUCUGUCGCUACGCUACAGUGAGUGACUGGAAGGAGAGAGAAGUCCCCUAACAGCCUUUCUCUGCACACAGAGCCAAAGCCUUGAGAACACCUGGUAAGAGCAACACCUGGCUGUGUGCAAAGUGCUACGGGAGAGCUGGACAUCUUUUAUGUUUUUGAAAUAUUUCACCUCUUACGGCUCCCACAUCGGAGGGUGUGAGCAGGUGGUUUGUUUACCCACUGAGGCACCGUGUGAGAUGCUGCCGUCACUUUCACUGAGUGACAAAUGGGGGUGGAAAUGGCAGGGAGAGCUGUCAAGGUUGGCCUGUAUGAGCCCAUCUCUUCUGUUAGUGGAGGGGAAACACCCUGUUUAAUCCACUGAGAUCAAAGUGAUCAAUCCCAUUCUGAGAUCUCCGUCAAAACUAUUCUAGUGACAAAAAAGAGCAUCAGUUUUUCACAUCCAGUCUCUUCAAUUAUGCCUAUUUACUUCUUGGAGAGAAAGAAAAGAAGAUACAUGGUAGAACAUUUAAUUUAUUACCUGUUUUGAUCAUCAAAAAUCUUACAUAUGUACAUUUAGUGAAAACUUUAGUCCUAAACUCGCGUAUUCAAAGUGCUAUUAAUGUAUAAACCGAUAGAACACGAAACAUUGUGGACACAAACAAUAACAGCGACAAUUACAGAGAUGUUCAUGACGCCUCAGCAAACGGCUCCAAUAAAUAACGGGGAAUGUCAGACAAACAACUGGAUGUUUUCCUCCCUUCAUUUGGCGAGUACGGCCCCACAUGCAGUGGGUCUAAUUUACAUCUACUUAUCCACACUUGAGCUAAGACUCCAGACAACUUGGGCAUAAACGAAACAGCCAGUCUUCCUAAAGUCCGACGUGUGUCUGUGUUUAAUUAGGCUUACUGAUGCAGAUGAAUGACUACUGAACGAUGGCUGUUUUAAGGGUUAUCCAUGUGCUGGCUGGGUUCUUUUAAGUAACAAAUACAAGGUAAAGCGAUCAGUGAGUGAAACAUGUCCAUUUAAGACAAAAUGUGCUUGUACUUCUCCAGAUCUCCAGGCAUUUAGCGUCUGCUGUAUAUAAAGCCAAAACAAAACCACAUCAGGAACAACAAAAUCCACAAAAGGUCGAGGAUUCGCUUUGUUGCGAUUGUCACUGGGAACCCUUUUGUUUACAUUGGUAUUGUAAUUUCUUGAUUUCUUGAAAUAAAAUCUUUCUUCGACAAACCUGGAUAUCAAAAUGAGCCAUGUCCUUUCCUUUGUGAGUGAAACAGAUGGGGAAGUGUCUGGUAAGGUGUGUGCUAGCGUUUCAAGGCUGGGUUUUCAAAAUUUAAGAAGACUAAACAUAAAAGCUGUCUUUUUUCAAAUAGAGUUCUUUCUGGUCUGUCAACAAUAGCUAAAUAAGAAAAAAACAAUGUGGUUCCUUUGGUUGGGUCUGGCGCUGGGCUGUUGGUCUGUCAGAAGGCACUUGGUACUCGGUGUGGAAAACGCAGAGCCGCUGUCAUCCUGGCGGCGUGUGCACACAUAGGAGGACUUCAGUCAUGCAACACAGAGGAUUUCCUGAAAACACUUAGUAGCUUUUCAGUGUUGGUUUAGAGUAUAGUGUUGAUAUCACUUCUCUCUAGCUCAUGCUACAGCAAGGGGAAACAGGAGGGGGGGUCACUCUUUAGAAAUAAGUACUCUUAGUGGGUGCUCCAAGCUAUUUUCUUUUUUCAUCCCUGGGACCUCCAUGUCCCCCGACCCGCCUCCCAGUCUUCUGGACAGAGACCAAGGACAGGGACCUCAGCAAGGCGUUUCCAGCACAAAAAUCCCAAAACAAAAAGCCUCUUCUGUUCCACCACAGUGGAGUCCCACCAGGACUCUCCCCCAUUGGCCACAUGGGUUUUGAAGCCCCAAAGGAGCGCAACAGAAUCCCCAGGCUGCCCCAGCAAGAGACUUCAAGAAGGCCGGGGAGUGUGAGCUGCUGUUUGA